AUGGCGCAGGGCAAGCUGGUCGACGCCGAGGUCUUCAAUGCCGGCGUCGACAGGACGUCGCUCGAGUCCAAUUCGUCUGUAUCCACGACCAGCCUCGUCUUUGAACGCAUCGACGAACGAUUGAGGCACGGCCCGUCAGGCAUGUCCGAGAAACGCCCACCUCGCAAGUACCCGAGCCACGACCACGACACGCUCUCCGACCUCGACGACGAAGACCCGCUCAAGGAGGAAUCGAGCCAUGACCUCGAGACCGGGCCGUUUCUCGGCGGUGCCGCGGCUGCCGGCGCCGCCGGGGGCGUCAAGGGCAUGGACCGCGGGCUGCGCAAGGUGCUCAUCGUCGCGUCGGCGCUGUUCGUCGCGGCGUGGGUGGCCGGGCUGCUCGUCUACGUCACGUCCAAGUCGUACCAGCACACAUCCAAGGUCGACCACGACCCGCAGGCUACCGUCUCGCGGGGCACGGGCAAGAAGAUCACGAUGGACCAGCUGCACAGCGGGUUCUGGCGGCCGCGCCAGCACGACAUCAGCUGGAUCGCGGGGCCCGGCGGCGAGGACGGCCUGCUGCUCGAGACGGGCGCCGAGGGCAAGGACUACCUGGUCGUCGAAGACGUGCGCGGCCAGGAGUCGGAGCAGGUCGCCGCGCAGAGCAGCAGGACGCUCAUGAAGCAGGGCCAGUUCGAGUACGGCGGCCGGGUCCGGCAGCCCGACGACGCGGUGCCGAGCCGCGACCUGAGGAAGGUGCUGCUGGCGACCGAGUCGCAGAAGAACUGGCGGUGGUCGACGGUCGCAAAGUACUGGAUCUUUGACGUCGCGAGCCAGAAGGCGGAGCCGCUGGUCCCCGACGAGCCCGACGCGAGAGUCCAGCUGGCGCAGUGGAGCCCGACGAGCGACUCGAUCGCCUUCACGAUGGACAACAAUCUUUACCUGCGGAAGUUGGGGGAGAGCAGGGUCGUGCAGAUCACAAAGGACGGCGGGCCGGAGUUCUUCCACGGCAUCCCGGACUGGGUGUACGAGGAGGAGGUCCUCGGCGGGGGCAGCGCUACGUGGUGGUCCGAAGACGGCCAGCACAUUGCCUUUUUGACGACCAAUGAGACGGGCGUGCCGGAGUACCCCAUCGCCUUCCACGUCUCGCGGCCCAGCGGCCAGAAGCCCAAGCCCGGCGAGGAGGGCUACCCGGAGAUACAGAAGCUGAAGUACCCCAAGGCGGGCGCGCACAACCCCGUGGUCAGCGUCCGCUUCUACGACGUCGCGCUGGGCGACGUCUUCUCGGUCGACAUCGAGGGCGGGUUCGCCGACGACGACCGGCUCGUGACCACGCUGGUGUGGGCGGGCAAGCAGGUCAUCGUCAAGGAGACCAACCGCAUCAGCGACGUGAUGCGCGUCGUGCUCGUCGACGUCGAGUCGCGGACGGGCAAGACGGUGCGCUCCGUCGACGUGGGCAAGAUCGACGGCGGCUGGUUCGAGAUCUCGCAGAAGACGCGGUACAUCCCCGCCGACCCGGCCAGGGGCAGGCCCAAGGACGGCUACAUCGACACGGUCAUCCACGACAACGGGGACCACCUUGCCUACUUCACCCCGCCCGACAACCCGGACCCCAUCAUGCUGACGUCGGGCGCCUGGGAGGUCGUCGAUGCGCCCGAGGCCGUCGACCUGGACAAGAACCUGGUGUACUUUGUCGCCACCAAGGAGAGCUCGGUGCAGCGCCACAUCUACAGCGUCAAGCUCGACGGGUCCGGCCUGACGGCCUUCACCGACACCAAGGCCGAGGGGUACUACUCGGGCUCCUUCUCGAGCGGCGCGGGCUACGCCCUGCUCACGUACAGCGGGCCCGGCAUCCCGUGGCAAAAGGUGCUCAGCACGCCCGGCAACGAUAUCAGGUACGAGCACGUCGUGGAGGAGAACAAGGAGCUCGCCGACAGCGCCAAGAAGCACGAGCUCCCCCUGCUCGUCUACGGCACGCUCGAGGUCGAGGGCGGCGUGCGGCUCAACUACGUCGAGCGCCGGCCGCCGCACUUCAACCCCAGCAGGAAGUACCCCGUCCUGUUCUUCCAGUACAGCGGGCCCGGGUCGCAGUCGGUGAGCAAGGCGUUCCGGGUCGACUUCCAGUCGUACGUGGCGGCCAGCCUGGGCUACGUCGUGGUCACGGUCGACGGGCGCGGGACGGGCUUCAUCGGGCGCGGGGCGCGGGUCGUGGUGCGGGGCCGGCUGGGGCUCGCCGAGGCGCGCGACCAGAUCGCGGCGGGGCGGCGCUGGGCCGGGCUCGGGUACGUCGACGCGUCGCGGCUCGCCAUCUGGGGGUGGUCGUACGGCGGGUUCAUGGCGCUCAAGACGCUCGAGCAGGACGCCGGCGCCACGUUCUCGUACGGCAUGGCCGUGGCGCCCGUCACGGACUGGCGCUUCUACGACAGCGUCUACACGGAGCGGUACAUGUCGACGCCGCAGCUCAACGCGGCCGGGUACGACGCGUCGGCCGUGGCCAACGUCUCGGCGCUGGGGGAGUCGGUGCGCUUCCUGCUCGUGCACGGCUCGGCGGACGACAAUGUGCACUUUCAGAACUCGCUCACGCUGCUGGACCGGCUCGACCUGGCGGGCGUCGAGAACUACGACGUGCAUGUGUUUCCGGACAGCAACCACGGGAUCUAUUUCCACAAUGCGAACCGGGUUGUUUACGAUAAAUUGUCCAACUGGCUCGUCAACGCGUUCAAUGGCGAGUGGCUCAAGGUGAACCAGGCCAAGCCUGUUGAGAUCACGGCCAAGGAGAAGAAGGAGUGA